AUGCCACCGAAAGCGGUGAAGGUGAAUCUGAUUUAUCCGGAGAAUUAUUUUUACGAGAAAGUACUGAACGAUUGGAAGAACAACGCCAGCGAUGCUAACGGGCGGUUUGUGGUCAGCAAAGCCUUGGAGAACUUGAGGAAAUACCCUCUGCGGAUUAACGGGUACUCUGAUCUGAAAACAAUUAAAGGUAAGGAAUCAUUUUAUUCUAAUAUUUUUUUUCCAGGUGUUGGUGAAGACUUCGCAACUCGCUUGGACUCCGCUCUCAAAUUUUACAAAGAGUUAAGUAAAUCGGAUUCACUGAGUUUAAAAGAGAUUAGAGCAAUAAAAAAUGGGGAUGCACUUCAGUUUUUAUGCGAAUCUACCGUAUCUCGUGGGAAGAAAACCAUUCCAUUUCUCUCAGUGGAGGCCCGGACGAAUGUCAGAUUGAUGGCCAAGUUCACUGGAGUGGGAUAUGAACUGAAGACUAAGUCUUCUGAACAGAAACCGAAGCCCUGCUGCUCCAACGUUGGGACAGGGAUAGUACAAGGAUCGAUAGAUACGGUAAGACCCUGCCGUCAUUUACAUUUCUCCUUUUCAGGAAUCAACUAUCAGCUUUUUGGCGCCAACUUCGUCAACGCUUCGAAUCUCCACGCCCAGGAAAGAUAUAUUUUCGGAUAUUGUAAACGAAGAACAGUCAUUGUUAGAAUUUCAUCCGAAUCACGGAAGCAAUGCUCAAGUACUACUGGUGGUAGAUAAUAGGGAAAACAGAAAUGAUGGAAGAUCUAAGGGGCUUUGUGAUCAUCUUCAGAGGAAAAAUGUCCAAUAUGAUCUCCGUCCUCUUUCAGUAGGAGACUUCCUAUGGACUUUAAGUGUGGGAUCAGGUCAUGAGAAUGAAAUGGUUUUGGAUUUUAUUGUCGAAAGGAAGACGUGGGAUGAUUUGAAGGUGCAAAAAAAUGAUUCAUGUAGCAACCUUUAUUGCCUUUUUUAGACCAGUAUUAGGCAGUCUCGGUACCACGAACAAAAACAACGUCUAAAGCAGUCAGGAGUUAAAAAUAUAAUUUUAUUGGUGGAGGGACCGAACAGUCGUGUCGACCCUUCGUUGGAACAAGCAAUUGUCUCUACUUGCAUUCAGGAUGGCUUCAUGGUUCAGAGAGUUCAGAACCUAGCUGAAACCGCACAUUUCCUGCGUGACCUGACCAACUACUUGACUAAACGUAUAAACAGUGAAUCGGUAAGGAAACUGAAAGAUUAAAACUUUUUCUAGGUUUCUGGCCAGUCGUUCUCUACUUUCCAAGACGAAAGCAAAAAGACGAAGGAGGUCACCGUUUCCGAUUGUUUCUUGAAACAAUUAACCGUGUGUCCGAGAGUCAGCACCAACAAGGCAAAAGAAAUUGUCGCCCGAUUUCCUUCACUUAGAGCUUUAAGAUCUCUAUAUAGUCGAGGAUUUUCACAAGUUUCCCAUGAGGAUAAGCUUCAAAAUGCUAUGCCUACGAUCCCAGCCAGUGUCAGCAGACAGGUGUCGCUUUUUUUCUCAUAA